CCGUGCCCGCCGGGCCACCGACGGACCCCGUGGGGAACAGCUCCCAGGGCACCUCCCGGCUCUUCCUCACCACCGCGUUGGCCCGCGGCGUCUCGGGGGUCUUCGUGUGGGCUGCCCUGGUGCUCACCUGCCACCAGAAGUCAUGGAAAAUCAAGAAAGGUCUACAGACAAACUAUAGUCAGCCGUCCAGGGAUAGGACAGAGCCGUCUUUCCUUCCAUGGUCACCACGUGUUUCCAACACACAUGGGGUCGCACCUGCUUUGUCAUCUGAUGCCUACGCGCCCCGUUAUCUCAGAGCAGGCCCCCACGUGGGCAUCUUGGGACACCACUUUUACUGGCCGGCUGAGACCCCUUGGUGGGGCUGCUCUGCCGAGACCCGCCCGCCCCACCGCAUGGUCCCGUGUCGCAUCCUCGUACACAGACCCUUUCUUUCCGGAUGUACCUGCUCCAUGUGGCACAUCCCGGAAAGGGCUCCAGGGGAUCAGCCCUUUGGAUGCCCACCCACGUUGAGAGGCGAAACUCCGGGGCCACAGACCGCCCCGCCCCCCGCCACCGUGGAAAUUCUCUCCGAAUGAAUGAGUGCGUGAGUGCGCAAGCGAGCGAGCAUUGCAGCAGCAGAGUAUGCGGGAAGAAGGGGCCAGCCGCGCCCGGGAAGCUCGCGCUGCUUCCGACGCUGCCCCCUGCUCCGCACAGCGGUGGCAUGUGCCCAUCAUCCCCCCCAAGCCUGCCCUUGCUCCGCCCACCCAGAUCUACCUGCACCUGCGCUCCUACACGGUCCCCAACGAGCAGCGCUACAUCAUCCGUCUGCUCUUCAUUGUGCCCAUCUACGCCUUCGACUCCUGGCUCAGCCUCCUCCUCCUGGGGGGCCACCAGCACUACGUCUACUUUGACUCGGUGCGUGACUGCUAUGAAGCCUUUGUCAUCUACAGCUUCCUGAGCCUGUGUUUCCAGUACCUGGGGGGCGAGAGUGCCAUCAUGGCUGAGAUUCGGGGAAAGCCCAUCCGGUCCAGCUGCCUCUACGGCACCUGCUGCCUGCAGGGCAUGACCUAUUCCAUCGGCUUCCUGCGCUUCUGCAAGCAGGCCACACUGCAGUUCUGCAUCGUGAAGCCCAUCAUGGCCUUGGUCACCAUCGUCCUGCAGGCGUUCGGCAAAUACCACGACGGGGACUUCAACAUCCACAGCAGCUAUCUCUACAUCACCCUCAUCUACAACGUCUCCGUCAGCCUGGCCCUCUACGCCCUGUUCCUUUUCUACUUCGCCACCAGGGAGCUCCUGCAGCCCUUCGAGCCUGUCCUCAAGUUCUUCACCAUCAAGGCCAUCAUCUUCCUCUCUUUCUGGCAGGGGAUGCUGCUGGCCAUCCUGGAGAAGUGUGGGGUCAUCCCUGAGGUCCAGGUCAUCGAUGGGAGCAAGGUGGGGGCCGGCACGGUGGCCGCUGGCUACCAGAACUUCAUCAUCUGCAUCGAGAUGCUGUUUGCCUCCAUUGCCCUGCGCUAUGCUUUCACCUGCCAGGUGUAUGCAGAGAAGAAGGAGAACUCACCAGCCCCCGAAGCCCCCAUGCACAGUAUCUCCAGUGGCCUGAAGGAGACCAUGAGCCCACAAGACAUUGUGCAGGACGCGGUCCACAACUUCUCACCGGCCUACCAGCACUACACCCAGCAGGCCACACACGAGGCCCCGAGCCCCAGCCCCCACCCCAGUGUGGCAGGAGGCUCCAGUGGGGUCAGGAAGAGUCGGAACGUGGAAAAGCGGAUGCUGAUCCCCUUGGAGGAGCUGUAGGAGGGCCACGGGUCACCAGCCACCUGGCUGAGACCAGGCUGCUCGGGCCUCUGGGCAAGCACAGAGCCCCUCACCCACAGUGAAGCCCCUUCUGGGAGCCCUCCUGCCAGGCCUGUGGGGCCACCUCCCAGCCUGCCUCCCGCCGGCAGGCUCGUGACCCUGGAAGGGGACGUCUGAGCUUAUCUGAGGAGCCUGGGACCCGCUGGGCUCCCCUGGCCGUCCACUCAGGGGGCUGCUGUGAGGCGGGCACCAGCAGGGCCCUCCUGGAUGGACAGUUUCCAGGCUGGGCCCCUGUAGGGAAGGACGGCCUGGGGAGAGCGAGACAGCCCGCCCUGAGAACACGGGAGUUGCGCAGGCACGGACAGGUGGCCGUGGUGGGGGACUCAGUUGGGCCUUGCCAAGCCCCUGCGCACCCCCCAGCCAUGGAGAUUUCUGAAAAGCCCCCACCCCAAUGUGCCUGACGAGGGUCCGGGAGGUGCCCGGGGCCACCUGCACAGAACCUUCGCCUUGAGCAGCCCACAGAGCACGUGGGGCUUACGGACGAAUCACACUUAUUUAUACAUAAACACCUGGGUUUUCUAGUGACUCCAGUGGCCUCUGUUCCCGCAGGUCAGUCCCCGGAUGAGCAGACUGUAGUGGGGUGGUCAGACAAGCCCCACUGUGCUAAGUCUGCUGUUGAGGGAAGGGUCCAGAUCAUUGCUCAGAGCAGAGCAGGGCACAGAGCUCACAGGUAGACCGGGUGCCCUGGUCUGUGUCCGCAUGAGACCCAGAGUGCUCCCCGUGCCCCCGGGAGACUCAGAGCGCUCCCCGUGUCCGCAUGAGACCCAGGGUGCUCCCCGUGCCCCCAGGAGACCCAGGGCACUCCCCUUCCCUUAGGAGCUCAGUUUCCUCCAUUGAUGGGCCUCUGGCCAGCCCCACCUGCAGUGGGUCCACGAAGGCCACGAGAGAGUGCGGGGCGCACAUGGGGCUCGCAGCUGGAGCCUGCC